AUCAAGAAGAAACAAUGAUAUUGUCAGUGCUGUUGUUGUGUCUUGUUCAAAUGGUUCAAAUUAUGUGCCAGAGAAAAGUUUGUCAACUGAAGAGAUUACCUUCAGAACCUAUACUCGGUGUUGAUGCCGAUCUACAAAACCCAAGAACAGGUCAACUUCUACCUUGGAGUAAUCAUCUCUACAAUCCUAACUCCUAUGAAUACAAAAAUCUAUCUGCCACCCUUUGCGACGCGGUGAAGGAAGCUAUCCAGCCCAUGAACUCACACAUCAAGAAUGAAAAAGAUUGUUUCUUAGUUAUAAUACGUCAAUGGGAUGGUCACAUAUAUGCACAAAUCUACUUGAAAUAUCCAAUCUCAGAAUAUUCGCGUUUAGAAAAAACAAUUAUGAACAGCCUAGAUGAAACUAUGCGCAAAAGAAACAUUGGACUACAGAAAACCUCAAUCUAUUGCGAUGCCGCUGAGUAUCACCGGAAAGGCUGUGAAGCAGGAAAUAUCGAGGUGGACAAUCCAUUAUAUAAGCUAUGCGAAGUAAUGAAGCCUACAACCGAGAAAAAUGAGAACACAGUGAACACUCAGUCGAAGGAAAUUGUACACACAACACCGAUUCAAUCGACAACCACAUCUCACAGCACUGAUACAACGGCGUCCGUCUCAAUCGGUAAGUUAUCUAUGAUCAUUUGUGAUUCAGCCUUCAAAGCUGUUUCACACUGGCCAUCAAUAUCAUACAAACACCACUCACUCAUCACUCAUCAUAUUCUUCAAACACUUGACCUGUGAAAUCUUUGAACAGGGGAGCACUGAUGACGGCUGACAUGAGAUACACAUCAAUCUGCUUGACACAUCAGUUUGUUGUAAACAGCUGAGUGUUAAUAGAUGACUCAGAUGAAUUUCCAGUAAUCACUUAGGCAAUGUCAGUAUCUCAAACACAUAUUACUGCAGUUAUGUGGAGUGGUGAAGUUGAUUAGUCAGCACACAGACAUUGUCACCUAUAACCCUACAAGCUGGAAUCCACCACAGUUGAAUGCGUUGACUUGCAAUGUGUGCUGAUGAGAAUAACUCCUCAAAACUUUUACCCACAUCAUUCGCUCUGCCUGGGGGCGCUUCUUUUGUUUUCAGGGAAACGUUAUUGUGAAUAUUUUGCAUGAAUCAUCUGAUGUCCUCAUUUUUUCUUCCAUGUGCUUUUUACUUUCAUUCCGCUUUUGCAGCAUCCAUCACAUUCAAUUUCCGUGAUGAUCCUAUUAUUGCAGUUUUUCUGAUUUUCAAACGUGCAAUCACCUACCCAACUGACUUUCUUAAAUUCUUCAGCAUAUCUUGACAUUUAACAGCGCAUGAAUGUAUAUUUUUUAUGAUGCUUACGUUGACUAAUUUUUCCGUUUAAACAUUCUACCAACUUUGAAUAAACAAUUUCGAAGAAGUAGUGUCUUCUAAAUUGUUUCGAUCCAGUAUCAAUCAUAAUUACGUUCCCUUGAAUUGUAUUCACACAACAGUGUGAAUAAUUUCCAGAUGGACAUUGUCUUUUUUUCGUGUGUGUUUUCUUCAUUUGCAAGACGAAGUUAAGUCGCAUAUCUGAGAGAACGUUGAUGAAUUUGUUCGCUGAUAAACAGCAGAUAAGCAUUGGUUGCCACCACGCUUUCUAUCUUGACAGGUGUGGAUUACAUUUUAAGGCAAACUAGUGAUGCCACCUAAGAGAUGGCGAAUGAAACAGUGUUGAGCACAUCAUCGAAACGAGUAAUGUUAUUGCAG